AUGGAGUCUUCUCUCAAGCUCUUUUCUCUUCUUGCUAUUCUUCUUGUGAUCUUUCUUGGCUCCUCCAGCUGCGCCAAGAACGACAACUGCAAUGGCUCUGGACUCUGUGGAUCUCGCGUCAACCAGGCCGAUUGCCGGCGAGCAAUCUCUCGCUACACCGAUGGAACAAUCUACAAUGGCUUCACUUCUCGUGUUUCUGGCCAUUGCACCGCAAUUUUCAGGUGCGAUGGCAACUAUCCAUCCGUGAGUGGGGCAGUUCUCAAGCAGCAGUUUCUCCAUGUGUAUGACAACCAGCCUUGCCGACUCUGCGGAAGCCAUGCAUUCGACGGGGGCAAUUGCGAGGCCACACUGAAUUAUUGUGCGAAUUGCAGGGACUCUGGAAAUCCCAACGCUGUGGAGAACUGA